AAGCACCACAAUAAAUGCUCAUCAAGGAUCAGUGGGAAGAGUCUGAACACAUUCUAACCAUAAUUUCUUGAGAAUUUUCUUUUUCUCAUUUCAAGCAUUUUUCAGAGUUUUGGAGUUUAAAAAUGGAAUGCAAUGGAAAGAGAGUUCUAUUAACCUCUAAUGGAGAUGAUGUUUCUGUAAAUGUGGCUUACAAUUUGGCUAAACAUGGUUGCAGGCUAGUGUUGAUGGGAAAUGAAAGCCUUCUGCGAAGUAUUGCAUGUAGGAUAGCUGAUGCUGAUUCUAUAAAAAAUACAAAUGCAAUUGAAGUGGUGAGUUUGGAUAUGGAAGAUGAUAGAGAGGCAACCUUUCAUGGUGCUGUGGAGAAGGCUUGCAACCUACUUGGAAAAUUAGACGCCUUUGUGAAUUUUUAUGCUUAUGAAGGAAAAAUGCAAGAUCCUUUAGAGAUGGCUGAAGAUGAUUUCAAAAAAACAGUAAAAACAAAUUUGAUGGCAGUCUGGUACUUAGUAAAAGCUGUUGGCUGUAAAAUGCGAGAUCAGAGUACAGGAGGGUCCAUUGUACUGAUGACUUCUAUAAAUGGCGCUGAGAGAGGAAUUUACAAGGGAGCUGCUGCGUUUGGUUCAUGUUUAGCUGGAGUUAAUCAAUUAGUGAGGAUUAUGGCAAUGGAGAUCGGGAUAUACCAGAUAAGAGUAAACGGAAUUGCACGUGGCUUGCACAUUGACGAUGAGUACCCAACUUCAGUGGGGAAGGAUCGAUCUCAGAAACUUGCUAAAGAAGUGGUACCACUACAAAGAUGGCUUGAUCCUAAGAAGGAUUUGACAUCAACUCUUGUUUAUCUAAUAAGUGACGGCUCACGCUAUAUGACCGGAACUACAGUAUUCGUCGAUGGAGGUCAGUCUCUGGCUAGGCCUCGGAUGCGAUCUUAUAUGUGAAUUUGCUAUCUUAAACCAAAAACAAGCUAGGCAUAUAUUAAAAUUGUUGGGUACAAGGUUUUUACCAUACAUAAAUAUUAUUUUUAAUAGGAGAUGCAUACUGUUCAAUAGAAAUGUAUUCUUUAUAUCAUUUUGAUGAAUUUGUUGGGUCCUGUAACCUGUGCAUGGAAUAGUUGUUUUAUUUACUAAAGCUCUUACAAUUCUUAGGUAUUUAGAAAUACAGUUUUGGAAAGGAAUUUAGCAAAUGAAAUUCUUCUAAAACUCUAUUGUUUCUUGGAGUUCUACUCUCUACAUUGUAAGGACAAUUAGGAAUCUUUAUACAUCCUCUUUAAUCAUGGAUGGGAAGGAUUAGACUUGAUGUUUAUGAUUAAGGUAUGAUACUUCUGAUCGGGUAAA